AUUUAUGGCAUAAACCAUGGUGGAUCUGUGCUGGAAGCUGUCCGUCUGCUUUUUUUGCUGUCAAGUUGUCUCAGGAAGAGCUAAGAGGGAGGGGCAUUAUGUUGCUGCCGUGUACGAGCACCAGUCCAUACUGAGUCCUAACCCAACAGCCCUGGUUGAUCGACAGUCUGCGCUGGAACUCAUGGGCAGGAACCUAGACAUCUAUGAAGAGCAAGUAGCGGCUGCUGCAAGGCAGGGAGCACAGAUCAUUGUUUUUCCUGAAGAUGGAAUCCAUGGCUUCAACUUCACCAGAAGCUCCAUUUAUCCUUACUUGGAUUUUGUUCCGCAUUCACAUUCUGUGAAGUGGAAUCCAUGCAGAGAGACGCAUUUGUUCAAUGACACAGAGGUUCUUCAGCAUCUGAGCUGCAUGGCGCUGAAGAACAAAAUAUUCCUUGUGGCAAACUUAGGAACCAAGCAACCCUGUGAGCACAUUGAUCCUCACUGUCCAUCGGAUGGAAGAUACCAGUUCAAUACCAAUGUGGCAUUCAGUGAUGACGGUAUGCUGGUAGCCAUGUAUCGCAAACACAAUCUGUAUUUUGAAUAUGCUUUCGAUACCCCUCCGGAGCCUGACUAUAAACUCUUUGACACCCCUUUUGCUGGCAAGUUUGGUAUGUUCACUUGCUUUGAUAUACUCUUUUUUGAGCCUGCAGUGAACCUUAUCAGACAAUACAAUUUGAAACAAGUUGUAUAUCCGACUGCCUGGAUGAACCAGCUCCCGCUCCUGUCUGCUGUAGAAUUUCAACAAGCUUUUGCAACAGCUUUCAACAUCAAUAUUCUAGCAGCUAAUAUCCAUCACCCUACCUUGGGCAUGACAGGGAGCGGCAUAUACACUCCAGUCAAGUCAUUCAUCUACCACAACAUGGAAAGUUAUGGUGGCAAGCUCAUAGUAGCAGAAAUUCCUGUGAUUACCACAGAUUACAAAACCAAUUUGGAGAGUAAUGAAAGAUUCAGAGACAACUUACAUCACUCAUGCAAGACUUUUACAAGCGCGCCAAUGGAUGAUCAAGUUUGCUUUAAGGAGGGACAAGAGACCCCUGGCACAGUAUCAGAAAAAGGAAAUGAACAGUUACCUCCCGUAUUUUAUGCAGAAAUGAUGUAUGACAACUUUACUUUCGUUCCUGUAUGGGGGGGAAAAGGAGAGCUCCAGGUUUGUGCCAAUACCCUUUGUUGUUACUUAAGUUAUCAGAGAGCUGUUUUAACCGAUGAACUAUAUGCUUUGGGAGUUUUUGAUGGGCUCCAUACAGUGCAUGGCACAUACUAUGUCCAGGCCUGUGCAUUAGUAAAGUGUGGUGGUCUCAGCUUUAGCACUUGUGGACAGGAGGUUACAGAUGCCACUGCUCUGAUAGAUUUCCAGCUGUGGGGAAAUAUGAGUACCCCUUAUAUCUUUCCUUUACUGCUGACAUCUGGUAUUACCUUGGACUUUGCUGAUCACAUGGGCUGGAAAAACAACCACUAUUUCAUAAGCAAAAAUAGAACAUCUUCUGGCCUACUGACAGCUGCUCUAUAUGGACGAUGGUAUGAAAAGGACUAGCACAGAUACUUGGCUGAAUCAGAAAACAACUGCCCGUAUUUUCAGAGUAUAUAUCUUAACACAAGUUGUUGAAUAUCUGUACUGCCUAGAGCUUCAGGUAUGUUUGUUACAUGACUGACUGAUUAGAUUC